ACCUCAGUCGUGCAACAGAGAGGUGAUGCGCCACAAUGAAAGGAGGACUGGGUAUUUUUAUUCUUCUCUGUGCCAUAUCGGUGCCUUUAACCCUGGAACAUUCAAACCAGCUCCUCUGGAUUGAAGCUAAACCUGGAGAUAAUGUGAAGCUGAAAUGUGCAGCCACUGGUUUUGCUCAACGGUUGCUUUACUGGUUUAAGUUUCAGUUUGGAUAUAAGAUCCAGUUAAUUUCAAAAACCUCUGGAGGAGAACCAACACUUGGAGACGAAUUUAAAGACACAAGAUUCUUUCCCACUCAAGAUGGUAAAGAGCAUUUUCUUACCAUAAGAAAUGUCAGCAAAGAAGAUCAAGCGACAUACUUUUGUCAGGCUGGAUCCUCGUACAACAUGGGAUUCAUCAAUGGCAGUUUGUUAAUUGUUAAAGAUCCUAUACCCAAGAAGAUAUUUGACGACACAGAAAAAAGUCCGAGUGUGGAGUUGGUCAUGGAGGGAAACACUGCCGAUCUUCAAUGUUCGGUUAUUUCCAAAACCGAAGAGAAUCCAGAAGAGUGUGCAAAUGAACACCAAGUAUACUGGUACAAAGCAACGUCUGAAUCUGAUCCACAAAUUAUUCACACAAGUAGUUCAAAAUGUGACAUUCAAGAAAAGAGGGGAUGUGACUACCAUCUGGCCAAAACUAUACACAACUCCUCAGAUUCUGGUCUGUACUCUUGUGCUGUGCUCUCGUGUGGAGAAAUCCUGUUUGGUGAAGGAACUCAAGUAGAAAUGGAGGGCAAAUUGUGUUGGGAGGUCAUCAUGCUUGGGACACUGUUGACCUACAGUGUAUUUGUGAAUGUUAUUUUAAUUCUAAUAAGAAAAAAGAAGAUGCCUGUACGUGUGCAACACAAAGGACAACAAAGGAGCUGGAAUGAAUUAUAUAGUACUGUAGUGUUCACAAAAAUACAACAAGACUGAAGAGCAAGAUGGAAGUAAUGGAUAACUGCCGGUAUCUUUAAAUGUUAGAAAAUGAUCUAUGUGAACUGAACAACCUUAGACAUAUUUUACUAACACCAGGCAGAUUAGACCUUUGCCAGAGUGUUGUGAUUAGUUCAGCAUUUUAGCAUAGUUGAUUAAAAGGUCUUAGCAGUUAAUGGUUAAAAUGUGAUUUGGUCCCACCUAUUAAUUUACAUUUUUACUGUUUCUCCGAUCCCUUUCUUGUUCUCAACCUGCCGAUUUGUUUUUUUCCCCUCUCCUCUCCUCCUGCUCCCUCUAAUUAGGUAUAAUUUGUCUCAGCUGUUCACCACCUCAUACAUGCUGCUGCUUCAUUUGUACGGCUUUUGUUGGUUCUCUUUGACUUUCAUAUUUGCUGUUAGAGAUUGCUGCUGUUUUGCAUUAUCCUUAGGUAUGUUAAAAAAAAAAGACCUCAUGAAACAAUGCUGCAGUUUAUUGAUGUUUUGUCCAGGAUUCUGACAUGGCCGGACAGCCUCAUUAGUGGACCGCAAUGUAAGACGAGGGAAAUCAUCCUCAAUGAUCAUUAUCUUUGUUUUCUCUUUGAUGAAAUAUUCAAUAAAUGUAUUGCUCAAACUGUUGUUGUUUUGUCUAUUUAGAAGAGAUACAUUGGCAACUAAACAUUAUUCUAUCUUCUAAAUCACAGUGAAACAUAAUAAAAAAGGAAACACUCUUUAAGAAGGAAUUUAUAUCUAUCAUUAACAAGAGAGACAAACAAUAAAGUUGCUUGUGCAACAGUGAGAGCCAAAACUAGGGGUGUAACGAUUCAUUUUAACAGCAAUUAUACUGAUUAUACUGGUUCAUUUUGAAUAAUACAGUUCGAUCUGAAUUACUGACCUAAAAUGGAUCCAGAAAACCUUUAUCCAAAACUUCCACCAGUGUGACUCAGAGAUGAAUACCUGGUACUGAGCAGUGCAGGUGAACUUUUCCAAUUGUUUUAUAUUUUUUACAAGAUAAUUAAGUGUAAAUUAAAAAUGAGACAAGUAAAAGACUGACUGUCAAAUCCAUUCACAUUUUAGUUUCAUGAAGUUCAGCCCACUGUUGUUUUUCCACAGCAAAAUAAUACAAAGGGAACAUUAUUAGAACAUUCUACUACACUGUAUGGUAACAUCUUUGCAAAAUUCAAAAUGUUUCCAUACAUUUGACUGUAAUGAUAGUUUAUUGUUUUUGCUACAUCUCAUGUGUGCUUGAUUUUUUUUUUUUUUCUUAUGCU